AUGACGUUAAUACUUAUUAUUUUUCUCCAGAAGUUCCAGAUCCUUCUACGCCCUUCUUUCUUCUUUAUGUGGUCACUCUCCCCUCUUAAAUCCUCCCCCUCCAAAUCCCCAAACCCUCAUCCUGCAAUUUUCCCAAACCAUUCUGAUUCUUCGUCUUCCCAAAUCCCUCUCAAAGUUUCUCUCUUUUUUCGUUCUCAAUCCCGAAAAAACCCAGAGAAUUUCAUGGAUUCCGAAGCUGAGUUCUCUUCCUUCUUCGACUGGCUCACGAGGAGGGAUCGAGCCCGAGAGCUCUCUGUGCUCAUGCCCUUAAUAUUAGGUGCAGCCGCGGCGGCCUCCGCCGCGACACCCGACACGGAAGAUCCAGAUGGAGGAAACCCCGAAAGACGAACCCCGCGGGAGCGAAUAGUCCUCAUCGACCCUUUCAGCCAACGCGUGGCGGUGAUCGAAGGUGGUUCGGACCUGGACUCGCUGCUCCAGGGGCUGGGUGGCAAGGACGGUCAGCCGCCGGCGUCGAAGGCGUCGAUCGACGCCAUGCCGAGUGUGGAGAUUGGCGAGGCGGAUGGUGGGUCCGAGUGCGCGAUUUGCUUGGAGCAGUUUGAGGUGGACGGCGUGGCGAAGGAGAUGCCUUGCAAUCACAGGUUUCAUGGGGGUUGUAUAGAGCAGUGGCUGACGCUUCAUGGGUCGUGCCCGGUUUGCAGGUUUACGAUGCCGGUUGAGGAGGAGGAGGUGGUAAAGAAGAGCGAAGAAACGGGCGGAGAGGGAAGGAGGGUCGACGGAGAGAUUAGGGUCAGGGUGUUUGUUCACAAUCGCAGGAGAGCAAGUGAGGGUCCAGAUCAAGCCAGUGAUGAGGAUACGAUGCAGAGUUAGGAGAAAAUUAUGAAUUUGUGAACGAUUAGGAAUAUUGUACAGAAUCUCAAAGCAAAAUUAUUUUUAUUUUUGUUUCAAAAUAAAUUUUAUAUUUUGUUCAUAAAGUCUUUUUUUUUUUUUUUUUUUUUUUUUUUUCUUGUUGUGAAAUUUGUGAAUUUGAUUGACUGAAACAAGCGGAUUUGGAAACAACUGCUUAGUAUUUAGGGAUGAAUUUCAGACUCUAUUUUAUAUGGCA